GAAGCUGGAGAAAAUGUCUGGCUGUGUAGAAACGACGACAGCUUGGUAGGCAACGGCGACCAUGUGAACUCACUGUACAUUUUCUUCAGCUCUUUUAUAGAUCACACAGAGAGAGCGUGCUGUCCUUCUCGUUUAUUUAUUUUUACAACAGUUUAUCGGUGAAAGACAAGAGCUGCUUAUACAUCAUGUUUUAUCCACUUCUCCAAAGUCAAUGGACAACUCUAUUGAGUGCUCUUCAGACACUAUAUAUACAUGUAACAGGCAGAUACUUCUGAAAGUGUCUGAAAUCCUUCGAAAACUUGAGAUUUGAGAAGAAAGCAGGUGGCAUGGCUAUUUAUAAACAUCUGUAGUACACCUAAAAUGCAACAAACACAGACUCAGUUCAUCAAGGAAAAAGUUCAGGAAGGCAAGUCUGUUACUGUUGAAUGGGAACCACUGGCUCCUGCUGGACCAUGUGUAGCAUUUCAUGCAGCCUGCAUAAUCAGGGGGUCACUGUUCAUCCAUGGUGGAGUGACAGAAAAAGACUCCAAGCUACCAAGCAGUGGGCUGCACAAACUUGACUUAAAGACGUGCCAAUGGACCGAGCUUCGAGCUCCAGGUAGCCCAACAUUAAGCCACCAUACAGCUGUUCCAUUGGAAGAGAGAUAUAUUAUUCUGAUUGGUGGCUGGAAUGGCCGAGUGCGCACACCAGAGGUCCAUGUCUAUGAUGUUAAAGAAAAUCAGUGGGUGCAUGUAACAACAGUAGGAUUUCCAGACGGUGCAGGCCUAAGUUCACACACUGCUUCUUGCCUCAGUUCAGGAGAUAUAUUAGUGAUUGGUCGUGAAGGAAGCUUGCGAACCCAGCGUCGCCACGGCAAUGUAUAUCUCCUUUCUGGCAAAAUAUCAUCAGGAAAGUUUUGCUACACUGAAUACAGCUCUGCAGUUUCAUCUCGCUCAGGGCAUUCUGCAUCAUUUGUUGGAUCCAAGCUGUGCAUUAUUGGUGGACGCAGUGACAAUCUAUUAGAGGUGAUGCAAGGCUUCAAAAGUCCUCCAGAAUCCACUUGUAAGGUUAUGUCUGCUUUAGCAGAGGCAGUUAAAGCCAAAUGCUUCCGGAGUUUAACCAAAAUGCCAUGUGGACGUAAAAAUCACAGUGCAGUAUCAGGAUCAGGUGUUUUGUUUAUCCAUGGAGGUGAAACAUUUGAUGGACGAAUCCGGGAGCCAGUGGGGCAGAUGAUGUUAUUAGCAUUUACUCCUCUUACCCAGUUUUAUGAUCUGGGCAUAUCCAGGUUGGGCCGUGCUGGACAUGUCUGCUGUCACACAGAAGAUGCCAUUGUCAUGCAUGGAGGUCUGAGCGGAAAAUCGAGUGUACAUGGAGAUGCUUACCAACUUUUUGUGCACACAUGAUACUCAAAGCUUUGAUGGGACUUUUUAUAUGCUGCCAUUUUCUGUGGUUUUGAAAAAGGAUAAAUUUUCUGAAGGAUAAGCAAUAAAAUUAUUCAAAAAACAAUAA